AUGGCGCCGCAGAAAUCUGUCACAGAAGUCUCGCGCUCACUUCUCCCUCGUCUGACCUGGAACGGCUCCUCUACCCGGAUUACGGUCACUCCACCUCAAGGCAACGCUCUCUCGACUUUGCGAACCCAAUGCCAGCAUCGCGUACAAAAUUUGAAUCCUGUUUGUCAACAGCUACGUUCUCUAUCCCUUUAUCCACAUCAAGCCCGCUUUUUUACUGCGGCGACUCGGGACCUUAGCCCGACAACACUGGUUGCAAGAUGCCCGUCUACAUCACCGAGCGCCCGGCAAAACCGUCCAGCUCUCGAGGACCUCAACAGUCCUAUCAGGUAUAAUGGGGUAUAUGUAGCCGCUUUCAAGCCAGCACGGCGCGCCUUCCACGCCUCGGCUUCUCGGCAGCGGGAGCAUCACUUCGAUACAUUGAGAUUCGUCCAACGGCUUAAGGAUGAAGGAUUCAGUGAAGAGCAAGCCGUCGCAAUGAUGAGGGUCCUGAACGAUGUUAUCCAAGAAUCAAUACAGCACUUGACGCGGACAAUGGUUCUUCGGGAAGAUACUGAACGCUCAGCAUACACACAGAAAGUCGACUUUGCUAAACUCCGCUCCGAGCUAUUAAACGCAGAUUCGACCGAAGCGCAGUUGACUCGGUCAUCCCACGAAAAGAUUGCUGCGGAUCUUGCGAAACUUAACUCACGUUUACGAGACGAGAUUGGACGAACUCAAGCCUCUGUUCGGCUUGAUUUGAACCUUGAAAAAGGACGUAUCCGAGAAGAAGCGAAUGGCCAAGAGAUGCGCAUCAAGGAGACUGAAACACGAAUCGAGCAGGAAGUUGCAGGGCUGCGGGAGCGCGUUGAGGCUGUGAAGUUCUCAACCUUACAAUGGCUUAUGGGUGUUUGCACCGGUACAGCCGCUCUCAUUCUCGGUGCCUGGCGUCUUUUCAUGUGA